AUGACACAAAGGAUUCACCGGUGGAAUAUUACCCACCGGCUCGAGAAGCGCUCGCUGCUGAUUGCGAUCAACAGCGUAGCUGCUCUAUCCAUUUUCUUCUUUGGCUAUGACCAGGGCAUGAUGGGGGGCGUGAACAACGCCAAACACUACAUUGAGCUCAUGGGCUUUGGGCAUACGGAGGCCGUCAACGGGUCGAAGAACAGCCCCGUCAUUACUGACAGCUUGCUUCAGGGUGGGAUUGUGUCGGUGUAUUACCUCGGCACUUUGGUAGGGGCACUUGCUGGUGGAAUGAUUGGGGAUAGACUGGGACGCAUCAGAUCCAUCGCCCUGGGUGCUGUUUGGGGAAUCAUUGGAGCUGCAUUGCAGUGUUCUGCCCAAAAUCACGUCUGGAUGAUUUUUGGUAGGUUUGGUCGCGUGUCCUCGGUUGAUGGAUGCUUUACGAGCUAA